UCGCGUACACGAAGAUCUCCAUCCUUUUGCGGACUCGCUACCGGCAGCGGCGUUUUUUUACGUUCAGAGAAGAAUAUUCAAUGACGACAGUUUAAAAUAUAAUGCCGAGCUUGACGAGCCGCAGUGAGUAGUUGUUAUGCCGCGAUCGUCGCACCAUGCAGUGUUUGUUCUCCAGGGAGUUGCCGCUGAUUGUUAAUUGUUAAUCGUGUAACAUACGCAGUGUCGCGAGCAAAGAAAGAUCAUUCUCGAGUCAAUGAGCAGCGGUCAAAUAAAGCAUCGAGAGUCGCCGUUUCGCAGAUAAAAAAAGGCAGCAAUUGAACCAUGAAAUCGUCACCGCAUCGUCGUCGCUCCGAGUUCAGUCGCAGCAGCUGCAUAAGCGAGGUCGUCGAUGCGACGUAAGCCAAGGACAAUACAAGCAACAUGCAGCGGCAGCGACUCGGCCCCGGCGGAUGGACUUGCUAUACCACUACCACCACCACCACCUCAACUACGACAAAUGCUGCCGGCCGCUCGACCGACCGAGCAGCAGCAGCAGCAGCAGCAGCAGCAGCAGCAGGAGGCCACCACCGCGAGUUUGGCCAGUAGCAGCGACGACUACUCUUACAACGAGCCGAGCAAGCAAAAAAUCGGCAGGCGUAGCAGUGGCGAGCCCGGCAUUCAACUCACGCCCGUCUGGGAGUACGUCGCGCGGCAGCACAAGUUUCCCCCCGACGUCGAGCCUCGGCGCCUCUUCCAGGAGAUCUCGGAGCGUCUGCGCGAUCCCGAGUGGCAGGUUCGCCAGCACGCCCUGCGAGUCCUCAUCGACGUGCUGCCCUGUCUCGCAGCGGAGGACCAGCACCGAUCGUUGGACGAGCUGGUCCAGGAGCUGCUGCUGCGCGAUCUCGUGGACAAUCUCGGCAACUCGGCGCCGGCCGUGCGUAAGGGCUCGCUCGACGCCCUCAGGAUCUAUCUGCUGCACAGCGGCGAGCGCGACCUCGCCACCAAAAAGAUACUGCGCAUGGGGAUGGAUCGUCCGGUUAACGAUGCCGAGGACGGCGAUCGGGUGCUGCGCGGCGUCUUGCUCAGCACGCCGCUGCUGCUGUUCCCGUCGCGCUCGACCGGCAGACCGUCCUCGGCGCUGGUGCGCGAGGCCACCCGCACCCUGGCCAUGCAUCUCGUCCAGGUGCAGCAUCAGGAGGCGGCGCUGCGCUCGCUCGUCAAGAUACGCGACUCUUGCGACGACGACGAGAACGGCGACGGCCUGUCCGAGGUCGACGACUAUCUGCGCCAGAUCGACGAGAGCAUCGUGCGCAACUUCGAGCUGCUCUGCGACGUCUACGGACUCGCCAAGUGGGAAAGUGACGACGACGACGAGGACGACGAUGACAACAAAUCGGACUCGGACACGUCGGGUAUCGCCGAGGUCGACGACGAGUCGUCCGAUCGACGAUCCGGCUCCGGGAGCAGCGUCACCUCGGCCCGCAUCGUCCUCGAGACCGAGAUCAAAUUCAACGAGGAGACGGCCAUCACGAUGACGAUUCUCGAGGAGCAGGACAAAGAGGUCGAAGGUGCGGAAAUAAGCGAGGAAACGAGCGAUCUGCAACGCAUCGAGGCCAGCACGGAUCAAAAUACUAAGCUUCUCGCAGUAGUCGACGAGAAGAAAAAAUUACCCAGGCGUGUUCACUUUGGCGGUGAGAUCGUGAAGCUGCGCACGCCCGACAGCGAGGACGCCUCGUCCAUAGCCUCGUCCAUGGAGCUGUCAACGUCAUCUGGACGGAGAAGUUCGAGCCGCAGCCCGCCACCCACGCGCAUACCCUUGCCCGUGGCACCGGCUACGAGACUGCCAGUAGCUCAGCCAAGGAGAUCCCUGUCACAACCGACCCGAAGCAACAGUCGCAACAAAAACCACAGCCGCUCUUUCGCCCGGAGACGGUCCGCGUCGAGCAGCCCCAAGCGAGACGUUUACGUGCACGAUGCGAGCCUCAGCCCCAAGAAGAGUAUACUCGCUAAAAGCUCGGAUUUCGGCGACAGUCGUUCGAGUGCGACGGGGUCUCGAUCGAGGAGCUCGCGGCGCGACUCGUACGUUGCCACCUCGGCGGUGGCAGCCAUAGAGGCGCCGGCUUUUCAAAUUUACGAGGAGCCCGAUGAUGUCGACGUCGACGACGAUGACGAAGACGAGGACUACGAGCGAACGCCGAGUCCGGGCUUUUUGGGCGAAGCUUGCGGCAUCAUUGACGGCGACCACGAGGAGGCCAAUGAUCGUCAGCCCAUCGAGAGCGUCUUCGGCGACAGGAGCGAUUACGAGUCCUACGACAAAAUCUGGAAGAACCAGGAAAAUAAGUUGACCAGGUCGAUGCAGCAGCGGCAGCGUAGCAACUCGGCGCUGGAGACUCCAACGAGAUUCGACUACUGGCAGGAGGAGACCGACAGCAGGCGUCGAAGUCACUCGGCCAUACCGGGCUACGAGGUCUUUCCGCGCCAGGAGCGCAAUUACAUACUCAUGGAGCUGUCGAGUCCGAGCAAGACGCGACGCGCUUCCUUGGUUGUAACUGCUACUUCCGGUAAAGGUGAACAAUCCGACGAAAAACCGCAGCAACAGCAACAAAUCGAUAACAAGGAUGACGAGGACGAGGAGAAGAUCGCCCUCGACGCCAAGGAGAAAUCGUCGUCAGACGGUAGCGACGUCGAGUGGAAGUCGCCCAUCGAGGAGAGCUGGGAGGAAUUGGGCCUCGUGGACGAUGAAAUUCUCAACGAUUUUCACAACAAGACAAAAACAGAUCGAUUGUCUUAA